AACGUUUAUGAGAUCAUUUGUUAUUCUGGUUAAAACGGCCUUACCGAACUGCUUUUAUAAGAAUUAUAUCAAGAAGGAAUCAUAAAGCAAUGGGUUCAUAAGCGGUUUGUUUAACAAAACGAGUUUUUUUUUCACAUGCUUUUAACAUAAGCACACACUGGUUGCGAUUAGGUUAAUAAAUUACCUAAUUUACCCCACCCACAGCAUGCAUUGCUGUGUUGAUUUGAUUUGAAUUAUUUUCGCCGUUGUUUCGCCCGAUACUUUUGGAGCACGCUCGCGUUUGACAGUAUGCGAGCGCACUCCAUCUGCAUCUGUUGUAAUCAAAUUCGAUUCUGAAAAAAAAUCCUUCCAUCAAAACAAGCGCGCGUUCAACAGCAAAGCUAAAAUUGGCCAAAUUAUCGUGUAAUUCUGGUGCUCGUAAUUUAAAAAAAAUGUUUAGAAACACGUUUCAGUCAGGUUCAUCGAUUCUGCAUAGUAUAGGCAGCAAACCGCUACAAAUUUGGGAUAAAAAGGUUCGUAAUGGAUACAUCAAGCGCAUCACCGAUCAGGACAUUGAAUCGCUGGUUCUGGAAAUCAUCGGAACGAACGUUAACACCACGUACAUCACCUGUCCGGCCGAUCCGAAAAAGACGCUCGGCAUUAAACAUCCCUUUCUGGUGAUGAUUAUAAAAAAUCUGAAGAAAUACUUCACCUUCGAGGUGCAGUAUGUCUCAUUUCGCUCGAUUUAUUUCCACAUCACUUGUUGCGCUAUAUCUUCCUGCUUGUGUCAACAGGUGUUGGACGAUAAAAAUGUGCGGCGUCGGUUUCGGGCCAGUAACUAUCAAUCGACGACCCGCGUGGAACCAUUCAUCUGUACCAUGCCGAUGAGGCUUGACGAAGGCUGGAAUCAGAUCCAGUUCAAUCUGUCGGAUUUCACACGACGUGCCUACGACACCAACUACGUAGAAACGCUGCGCGUGCAAAUCCAUGCCAACUGUCGAAUACGAUGCGUAUACUUCUCCGAUCGACACUACUCCGAGGAUGAACUUCCGGCGGAAUGCAAACUGUUCCUGCCAAUUCAAAAGCCGCAGUCGAAGAUAAUUGCUGAAGAGGUUUGUUAACGUAAAGCUAGGCGAGCUCUUGCUAAGGGUAAAUCGAGAGUAUUUUUUGAGGAAGAAUGGGUUUAUCGUGGUGAUCAAAGAUGUUCUUGACUGAGUAUUGUACCAGGCGGUUUGGUUCUUAUGAUCAGGUGUAUUUUUUCAUUUUUAAAAUGUUGUGUACUUUAAUUUUUGAUUGGAAAAUCGUAUAAUAGAACUGAAAAUUGAAGCAGCACGAGGUUACAUCUAUUCAUUUAAAACGGCCUGGCCGGCAGGACCGGGUUACGAAUCCCAUCUAGACCUCGCCUCGCCGUACGCUGGAGAUGGAUUCCAGCAACCAAUAUGCUCAUAACGUUUAACGAUUUAUGCUAAUUUGAAGAAAACUUUGUACUUCUUUAAUUAGUAAUCAUGCUGAACGUUAAGGAUGUUGCAGCCAGCUUUCAAAUAUGUAUAGCUAAACAAACCAAAUAAAUGAAAAUGAGUACUCAAUGAGGUAUAACAAUUAGUUUCGUGUCUGCCUUUAUAAUUGUGCACAAAUAUUCUAAUCCUCA